CAACUAAUUAAUAAUUAAAAAAUCAAAUCUUUAGACAGCUUUAUGAACGCUGAAAUAGAUCAUUCUGUUCCAACUUUCAUAAAGCAAUCUAAGGUUAUCUAAUCAAAAUACAGAACAUGAAAUAACCUAAAAUAAUGGACAGUCAUGAACAUCAACAAUACAAUCAAAUGCUGUGUCUCUGAAGUCAUUAUUGACAAUUCAUAAUUAUUACUAUGUGUGAUGUCGGCUCUGACACAAGAACGCUCUACAGAUGAGUGUCAAGGGCAUUUCAGCUGUCAGGUAUUUGAGGCCCUUCACAAAGGCCGUGAUUCCAGGCUCAAAGCUGGAGAUAAUACGAUGGGAAGCAGAUUAAAGAGGGGUUAACUGCAAGUGAUUAGCUGCAUUAUCUGCACUGUGCAGCAGAUUACCUGCCAUCGCUAACACAGAACCACUGCAGGGUGAAAGGGAUGAUCCGAAUUAGCCAGGUUUUGGUGUUGAAAAUGAGAUUAGGUGAAUUGUGUGUCUUGCAAUACACAGAUGUAGUUUUGUGUGUGUGUGUGCACAAGAGCCUGUGUGUUUGGUAGAUGACAACAAAACACAAAUCCUUCCAUUAAGACCAUUUGGGAGGAGCGAAAAGGAAUCUUUUGAAUCCUUAUAAAAGACGGAUCACUUGGAAAUCGAUUGAGGAAGGCUUCAUCUGGUCAUCAAUGAAGAGAGAAUUUACAUCGAUACGGGUUAGACUUUCUUUUUUUGCGAUGCUGCAGUAAUCUGCGAAGGAAAUAACACAACUGAUUUAAGCUUUAAGGCGUUGUAGCGUUCUCGGUGGAGUGUUUGCCAGUUUCAAGCAAGAUGAAGCAAGUACCAGAGUUUCACGAGGACUUCUACAUCCCCAUCCCUUUAGAUAUCAACAACCUCUCAGCUUACAGCCCUUUUUUGGUCCCCCAGGACCACCUGGGAAACCAAGGCAUAUUCAUGGCCAUGUCUGUCUUUAUGUUCUUCAUUUUCAUCGGAGGGGCUUCAAUCAACAUCCUUACCAUUGUUUGCACAAUUCAAUUCAAGAAACUCAGAUCUCACCUUAACUAUAUUCUUGUGAACCUUUCCAUUGCCAACCUGUUCGUGGCCAUUUUUGGUUCCCCGUUAUCAUUCUACUCCUUCUUUAAUAGGUACUUUAUCUUUGGGGCGACAGCAUGUAAAAUUGAGGGCUUCCUUGCAACACUUGGAGGAAUGGUGGGUUUGUGGUCUCUUGCUGUAGUGGCAUUUGAAAGGUGGCUGGUCAUUUGCAAACCCCUUGGGAACUUUACCUUCAAAACCCCUCAUGCCAUAGCUGGCUGCAUACUUCCUUGGAUUAGUGCAUUGGCAGCUUCACUCCCUCCACUGUUUGGCUGGAGCCGGUACAUACCUGAAGGUUUGCAGUGCUCAUGUGGACCUGACUGGUAUACCACUAACAACAAAUACAACAACGAAUCCUACGUCAUGUUUCUGUUCUGCUUCUGCUUUGCGGUUCCUUUCGGCACCAUCGUGUUCUGUUAUGGCCAGCUACUCAUCACACUCAAAUUAGCAGCCAAAGCUCAAGCAGAUUCAGCUUCGACCCAGAAGGCAGAGAGGGAGGUGACAAAGAUGGUGGUGGUGAUGGUGUUCGGCUUCUUGGUAUGCUGGGCACCAUAUGCUAGCUUUUCUCUCUGGAUAGUUUCCCACCGUGGUGAAGCAUUUGAUCUGAGAAUGGCUACCAUACCAUCCUGCCUUUCUAAAGCCUCUACAGUGUAUAAUCCUGUUAUCUACGUCUUAAUGAACAAACAGUUCCGUUCCUGUAUGAUGAAGAUGGUCUGUGGCAAAAAUAUCGAGGAAGAUGAGGCCUCUACUUCAUCUCAGGUCACCCAGGUCUCCUCUGUUGCACCAGAGAAAUAAACCCAUUCUCAAUGUAACCUCAUCCUGUGGACAGAACCACUGUCGCAGUGAAAAACAAUUUUACAACAAAUGUAAAUAAACAUAGACGCAAUAGGAAUUCUCGUUUUAAUGUCAACAUUUUUGUAACUUGGUCUUGGCUUGCUGAACCAAUAGAAAUAGUAGAAGUUCACUGUUAUCAUUAAAAAUGUACAAUAAAUGCAAUGAAAAAAAGAUUUGUGUUGUUAAAUGUAUCAGUUGAAGAGUAGUGACGUACAAUGGUUUGUAUAUUAAAUAUAUUACAUUUCUUCCUCUUUUAAACGGACUGAUGUAGUGAGCACACCAUUUUACCACAACUAAAACAUAAAAACAGAGAAGUAUCUCAUAUGUCUGGUUGUAAUCAAGUCUGUAGCCCUUCGGUUAUGAGUAAUGGAGUAACACAUCCAAGGAUGAUCUGAAAAAUAAAGUCAGACAGAGUAUUAUCUUGCACAUGCUUUGCAUUGAAUUGCUGCACUAAUAUUUAAUGAUUUUUAAAUAUUGCACUAAUAAUUAAUCAUGAGAAUUUAUGUACAGUGGUUUUCAAUGUCUCUUUAGAAAUGUCAUUGCUCACGUCAUUGAUUUGCAUAUGCAUGCUUACUCACCUUAACUUCUUGUACUUAAUCCAAUAAGUAGAGCACUUACAAAUCAAGAGAAAAAUACAAAGAAAGAAUGUGAAGUUAGCUUUUGCAAUUUUCAAACCGGCCUAACACAAUCAAAUCAAGAGCAAGAUCAACUUGGUAGUUCAUCUAGAAAUUAAACCACAAAUGAUGUUAGAGAAACAAUGAGCAGUAAAAGCAAAGUUUUGCCCAUGUUAGAUUAACAUCUAUAAUAUGGAUUAAUUUCAUUCAAAUGUAUUUUUUUAAAUACACAUUCAGCACUAUAUACCGUGAAUAUAGCAGUUGUCCAAUGGCAGGCCAUGUGAGACCAAACUAAUCUUGAGCUUUUGUUGAGAAUUCAGUUGUAUAUUCGAGUUCUGCUAGUAGUGAACUUUUGCCAAUAACGAAUAGUUCAGAACUAGCGGAAUUCCAGACAUACGACUGACUGGGUGCUGUCCCAUGAUACUUUCUGAUCCAUCUGUUUCUGAAAAACAUCCUUUUCAGCUACAUCACUGAAUAUCUGUGAUUUACACUGUGAUAGCAACAAAACAUCACAAUAGUGACCCUUGAUUCUUAAUCCCACCAAAGCACAGAUAUUAAUUCCAUUAAGUCCAAUUUUAAAGAAAGUAUAAAAGAUCAUAAUGAACAAAUACCUGAU